GCAAUGAUGAUGAUCAUCUUUGAGGUCCCAUUAUCAUCUUUACUUGUACAAAUUGUUGGCAGAGAGAUCUGAAUAUUUCACGAUUUCAAGAUGCAAUUGAAGGAUUAAUACUCAAUAUUUUCAGACUUCCAAUCCCAGUUUAUAAUCAAUUUCGUCAAAGUCAAAGUCAAAUCCAAUGACGGGUGAAUUGCAGCUUCAACCAACGAUUGAAGAAAACCCUAACGAUUCCGAUCCUCUUCUCGGUGAUCAUUCAUCUCCGAGUUCAAUCGAGGUAAAAGACGGCGACGUUGAAGACGACCUUGAAGCUGGUUCCUUAGUUUAUUGUAGGAUUUGUCUCGAAUGUGAUGGUGAAGACGAUGAUGGAUUGAUUUCUCCAUGUAUGUGUAAAGGCACUCAACAGUUUGUUCAUCGUUCAUGCCUUGAUCACUGGAGAUCUGUUAAGGAAGGGUUUGCCUUUUCACAUUGUACAACAUGUAAAGCUCAAUUUCAUCUUAGAGUGACAAUAUUGGAAGACAGCUCCUGGCGUAAAUUGAAGUUCAGACUUUUUGUCACCAGGGAUGUUUUCCUCAUCUUUCUGGCUGUGCAAACGGUCAUUGCUGCAAUAGGUGGAUUUGUGUAUCUUUUAGACAAAGAUGGUGGCUUCAGAGAUUCAUUCAAUGAUAGUUGGGAUAGAAUACUAUCGAAGCAUCCCAUACCAUUUUACUACUGUAUGGGAUUUCUGCUCUUUCUGGCCCUUCUUGGCUUCAUUGGACUCAUAAUACACUGCUCUGCGCUAACUAAUGAAGGACGAAUGGGUGGCUGCCAAGACUGUUACUUUGGAUGGGCUUUAAUGGAUUGCUCUCCGGUUUCUAUGGAAGCUUGCAUUGGGUUGGUUAUCAUUUUCGGUGUGGUCUUUGCUAUUUUAGGCAUUGCUUAUAGUUUCUUUGCAGCAUCUAUGGCCAUUCAAAGGGUUUGGCAAAGGCACUACCAUAUUCUUGCCAAGAGGGAACUCACUAAGGAGUAUGUAGUAGAGGAUUUGCAUGGCUCUUACAUGCUACCGAAGCUAGACACGGCUAAUGAAGAACGAUUGAAGAAGCUGAAGCUAUUGUAGCGAGGAGAAGAGAAGAGGGAUCAAAUCGGAAGGUAAGGUUGAAGAAGCUGAUGUUGUUUCACAUUGUUAUUAUACAAAUAUUUGUUGUAUUGCAAUAUACUUGUCAAAUCUUCAAUGGAACAUGGGUAUAUUAAGAGAUUGUUUGAUAUA